AGCGGUAAGUGGAAAGACGUGCGUUGAUUCUUAUGACUGCGCAUGUGGCUUAGGGUAUAGUUUGAUGAAGGAUGAGGUCGUGAGCAGAGCUUCAGGAUAUUUUAGUGCUGUCAUGCAGAUGUUGCAUGUUUAGAUGGGUGGAUUGUGUUGUCGACAACAAUGGAUUGUGCGCUCUCGAACACAAAACGUCAGCCAGAUGGGAUACCGUUGCUGUCACAGGUCAUUAAUUGUCCACACAUAAAAUAGAGUUUAUGAAGCUUAGACUUUUGAAGACAAGCGUUAUGUUCCAUUUUAAGGCUAGAGAGACAUGCCUCUUAGAUGGGUUGAAGAUCGAGACAGACACACAAACCUCGUCUCUACAGCUGUUGCUAUGAACAUUGAUGCUUAGAUAGGGAAACUAGAACACGAAAGAGAUAAAUAAAAAUAGCUGGAGGAUUAGCGGCACACGUGACAGCAUGGUAGCCAUAUGGAUUUUCCCAGAGAAGAUCGUUUAGCUAGUACAGAAUGCUCUAGAGAAGAAAAGAAAAAAGUAAAAAACAAUCAGCUGCAGAGGAUGUAGAAGGGAAAAGAAAUAUUUGGUGGUAGGGAAAGAAAGUUGGGGGGAAGGGAGUAGAAAAGGGACUCAGCUAUUUCCUAAAAUAAGCAGCACUAAUAAAGGUCCACCUUGCCUUAUCACGGCUGAUGUCUGCUCUACAAUUGUUAUUACGUUCUGAAGAUUAGAGCAAUGUACCACAACAGAAAUUGACAGUUACAUUAUAUAGCAUUUGCUCUGGUCGCAGCCAGAUUUCUAGCAAGAUGCAGGACCAUUGUGGUCGUGCUUUGAGAUCUUUCUUUGGUCAUUUUAUCAUUAGUCAGUUAUUAAAGAGAAGGAAACAUUGAUGGAGAUGCUAAAAAUGGGAAAGGUUGAAGAAUCAUAGUGAGGAACAGUACUUCUUGCUCUUGACCUACAUGUGAAGCUGUCAUGAGGUAAGACAGUUUCCUACUACUCCCUCUCAUCCCACUACUACAGUCCCCAUUUUUAAAGUACUGUGCAUGCUUAUGUCGCUGUGAUUGGAGAGGUGGAAGGGUAAAAAGAGAUAAGGUAUUGGUAGGGGUGGUGCUGGUAAAAACCCUUAUGACGUAUUACAGCUGGAUAUUUGUGGUCAUUUAAGGUCACGCUGACCUUAUGGCUACACUUUGAGUAGGUAAACUGUACUUUGAAUAGCAUUAAGUCACUGGAGGUUUUCAGUUUAUUCAGAAACAAAUCUGUGUGUUUAAGAGAGAGAAAGAUCUAGAAAACAAACAAACCAACCAUGUUUUCAUGUCAAAGCUGUAAUGACCUGAUUUAGAAGGCACUGCAUGCUGUGUAUCCAGAGGCUUCGUGAACAUAGCAGAGUGCACAGUAGGAAACUCGGUCAAGUACUCUGAUCUGACUAUCUGUGUUACUUGUGAGGGCUGCAUUGCAGAAGAGAGCUGUGCUCUUGAGACCUUGAUCGGUGAACUGCUGGCUAGUGGCAUGUGACCAGCUGUAGGCAUGUUGAGCCCCUGGUUUUCUUCAUUUUUCUUCUUGUCAUAGCUACUACCAGAAGAAAAUGGACUAAGUCUGUACCCAGCACUCGGCUACAGUUUGCCUUGUGUGACUGCCUUGAAUGAGGGUAUCUAUGGCCCAUGGACAGGUCGCAAGAUGAAGGACAUUAGUGUUAUGUGCUCUCAAGAGGAGGUAAUUCCAGCAGAAGUUUCAACUUACUCACCUUGCAGGCCUUCAUAUUCACCAUCUCAGCCUGGAAAUUAUACAAGCCUGUCUGUUAGUGCCAACUCAUCAUACAAGGAGAUGUCGCCCGAUGCUGCCACCCACACAGCAUCUCUUACAAGUGACUUGCCACCAAACUUCCCCAUCUUGAAGGCUGAGCCCCUUUCACCACUGCUUACAGUCGUCUGUGAUUGUGAGGUCAUUGAAGCAUCGGCACUGAUGAAAACAGAAGUGGGCUCAUCUACCAUGACCCUGUCACCAGCUCUCUCACCACCUUCAGAGUGCCAGUCACCAGGUGUGGUGCCACUGUCACCACGGUGCAAACGAUCUCUAUCCCCAGGAAUAACAUUGUCAGGGAAUCUGCUUCCCCCAUGUCGCAUCUGUCUGGAUAAAGCAUCAGGCUUUCACUAUGGACUUAACACAUGUGAAGCUUGCAAGGGAUUUUUUAGGCGCUCCUUGAAAAGGGGAGCAUCCUAUGUCUGUACCCGAGAUGGAAAAUGUGACGUAACUGGUGAACGGAGAAAUCUGUGUGGAUAUUGUCGCUAUCAAAAAUGUAUAGCUUUGGGCAUGUCUAAGAAAGCAAUUAAGACAGGGAGAUACACACAUGCCAAGCGGACUAGAGAUACACUGGAAAUCAAGAAACUGCUGAAAUCUGAACACAGUCUUGAGGAAGAAGACAUCAAUUUUGAUGAAAUUGUAGAGCAGAUAGUGAAGGCACAUGAUGAGUACAUCAUAUCUUCAACCAAAAUACCAAUCAGUUUUAUUCAGGAUCGGCAAAAACAAAAGCUUGAGGAGCUCCGAUUGCAACAGGAAAUGUUUGGAAAGAUGAUUACUGUUUCCCAGGAUGAGCACAAAGAAAUUUAUGACCUAACAGGCAUUGACAUCGACAACCGUGGAGAAAUAAUGAACUUUCAUGUACGCAAUUCAGAAAAGUGGAUACGGGGCUAUAUCUCGUUUGCUAAGCAUUUACCUGGCUUUCGGAGUUUGUCACUGAAUGAUCAAGCAAACCUCGUUAAAUAUGCUCGAAUAGAAUUCUGGUUUCUAGGCUCCUUUCCUGGGUACAGCAGUGAGCUGAAUGUGGCAGUCAUGCCCAACGGACGCUGUUUCACACGGCAGGAAAUGUACAGGGUGUGGAAUCCUCGGUACAUAGACGUCGCCUUUGACCUGGCAAAGCAGCUAAAAAAGUUGACCAUUACGCCUGAAGAAAUGAUCAUGGUCAAGGCCAUCUGCCUGACAUUUGGUGAUCGCUGCAAGAUGGAAGAGCCAGAAAAGGUGAAUCAAGUUCAGUGGAAGAUGGUGCGCUGUCUCCUUCAUUUGCUGCACCAGAGCCACCCAACACAUGCAGCAGCCAUGUGCACUUUUGCACGCAUCAUUGACUGCCUCACAGGGUUGCGUGACCUGAAUGAAGCCGAGUACCAGACCAUGCACAGCACACAGCUUUACGAAGUAUUUCUCAGAAACCCUCUUAUCAUGGAAGUGUUGCCUUACUGACUGUGAUGAGCCUCAUCUUGAACUUUUUGAAGCAUCAGACUUCCUAAACAUUGGGCUCAUCACUAGAUUUUGCUUUGAGGAGUGUGAUGUGUCUGUGGCGGAUAUUGCUUCACAAUAAGUGUUCCUAGUGCUGACACUUACACAUGAGUGCCUAGCCAUGUUGCAAACCAGACAUUUUGCAAAGCACAAUCAAAGAACCUCUCUUAGCAUAGAAUACUAGCAGAGUCAAAAAAACUCUUAACCACUUUCAGGACAUUGGUGAUUACAGCGGUGAACAGAUGUGUGGACACAUUGUUUGCCAGGGAUUUUAGCGAGAGCACUUUGGGAAAACCUGAAUGAAUAAGGCAGGCCAGUGGAGACAAUGUGCAUUCGUUUUCUUCUUUCAUUGAAAAUUAACUGUAUACAUAGUUCUUCCUCUUCAUUCCACACAGGAGGUAAACCAAUACUUGUGCAAUCUUGACACCAUUCCCUCCUCUCACAUGUAAGAAUUAAAAGAAUUUUAAUGUGCAGUUACUUCUAUGAGAGUGCUGCUUACCAGGUGGUUCUCUACCAUCCCCCUUCCCCACUCCAUCUUGAGAGUUGAUGCCUUCUGUGAUACAGUUUUGAAGCACUUCUCUUUUGGCCAUAUUUAGACAGGGUUUUUUUUCAGUCAGUUUUUCGUUUUAUAUAUUUUAGUCUAAAUUAAUUCUGCUUUUGUCACUAUAGUGCCCGAUGAUGCUGCAGUAGUGAAAUUCCAUCCAUCAAAAUAUUAAACUUUGUUCACAGGUGUAAGUAUGGCAUGGACAGUUAUUGCUUACAUUUUCCAUGUUUCUUUGACUGUGGAUCCUGUGUUUACUAUUUCUUUAGAAAUGUGCUUUAGAAGAAGGUGCAAAACUAUUUAAAGAAAGCAGUUAAGUUUUCAGAAUCAUGCACCAUCCCAACAUUAUUACGUUCACAGUCACAUAAAGAAUUUAGUCGUGACACUGACUGGAAAGAAGAAGUGAUGUAAUUAAAGCAAAGUAUAUAUCACCUUGUAGAUGAAAUCUAGGAUGUCUAAAUAUUUUUGAAAACUUGGAAGAAAGUCUAAUUUUUGUCAUGUAGCACAAUUUGUAAAGAGAGUAACUGACAAUGAGUCUCCUUCCAUAGCACCACCAUGUUUGUCAUCCAUCUUUUGAUGAAAAGUUGCAGAGAGCCUUAAUUGUUGAGUUCAAAGCUGGAGAGAGACUGACAGUUCAAUGACAGUUUCAGCGUGUCAGAAUUUGUUCUUUUAGUGUUUCUUAAGUGGGUAGUCUUGAAGAAUGUUAUUCUGAGAUUUUUUGUUGUUGUUCACUUGCAUUGCUCAUUUUUUUUACACCAUACAAAAUCAAAUGUUUUAUUCAUCUUGCUUGAUCAUUCAUAACAUAGUGUUGCACAGAUAUAUUGUUACAAGGGGUCUUCAGCUGCAUAUUGUUUGUACUAACGGAAGAUACAUCCACUUGUUCUAAACAAGUAUACUUCUCGAUGUGAGAUUUAAACAUAAAAUAUCAUAUGUUUCAACCCUUGGUGGUAUUCAAGCACUGUCAGUCUUUUAUUGUGGAAGGAGGAAAAGCAAUUUUCUUCUGAAUCAAACAUUGAAAUUAUCGCCCCUCACUGUGUACUAAUUUCUCUCUGGACAUGGUACUUCUUUAUAGGACUUAAUUAUCUUACUGUGAUACAGCUUCAGUUGCUGGCCUAGCAUAAAACACCAAACAGUUUACCCACCUCGCUGUCUAUUCUUCAUUUCUUCCGCCUUCUGUCUUCAAAGAAUUCAUUGCUGGAUUGUGAGUUUUCUAAGAUGGAUGUAGGGACCAAAGUUGAGUAUACUGCCUGUUUUAUUCACCUUUUCUUGUGCAAGUGCCUGCAUUGUGGGUUUAUCAUAUAAGUGAUCACAGCUUGCAGAAGUUUGUGAAGAGUGGGGAAGAUAUUCUGCGCUCGUGAUCAAAAGAAUACAUGAAGAAUUAGACUGUACAGUUAACAAAGGAGUGCCAAGCAUAUGUGAAACAAAGACGUUUUUCAAAAGUGAUGCAGAACUGAUGUACUCUGGAGAAAUUUAGUGCUGUAUGCGAUGUUAACAAAAUAUAUGGACAUUUUUUGUUGGUGUGAUAUUCUGUGGCCUGCAACUUUCGGCUGCACACUCCAUGUGGAGAGGUCUGUUGAAUAUGUGUAACUCUGAGCCACUGCAAAGAGUGAAAACAGUUUAAAACUGAACAGAAGUUGAAGAGAGCUGUGUAUGUCUUGUUCACAUUGAAAUGACAGUAACUGUAAGAUUGCAAAUCAUAUCAUCUGACCUGGACUUAAAUUCACUUAUAUUUUGUCAUGGUUCUAAUAUUCAAUUCCACAUCUUUAUAAGAAUUUUAUUUGUACUGCUGUGCAGAGGAUAAAGAUUUAUCUUCUUAUUUUCACCAGAAGGGUGAUUAUGUUGAUAUUUCUUUGUUCUUCAGGCUAUCAAAACCAGGGAAGCUGUGGCAGCAUGGUGAUUAUAUGUCUUAGAUGACAGGAAUCAUGACUGCUACAGCUCAACAAAAUUGUUUGAUUUGCUGAAAUUCAACCAUUUUUCUUGGCCAGUAUGAAAAUAAUUAUUUUCGUUUCAUUUCAUUUAAUUAUUAGCAGGUUUAAUUCUAUGGCCAAGAUAAUUUUUGUUUAUUUGGUUCUAAUUGUACUUGCUGGUGGAAAUGCACUUGAACUGCUGAUUCACCUGUCUCCAGAAAUUUCUAGAGGCUGCUAAAUGAUGUUUACUUUAGAAUGGCAUUGUAAAAAUUUCAUCAGGCACUUUCUCCUGGACCCCUCCUCACCUCCUUUGAUGUAUAUUUUUUCCUAGUUUUCACAGUAACCCUGUGUCAGUGGGUUGAAUAUUUGUGUGCUGCUGUAGGAUCCAGGGUUGAGGCUGAGUUAGUCUGUAUACACCCUUUUUUUUCUUCAGUUCAUAAAGCUGCCAUAAAUUUGAACACAGUCUGUAAGCUGUGUAAAUUUACAGGCACUUAUAUACAAAUUUGAAAAGAGAUACAAGCACAUAGAAAUGUGAAUUCACAUGUCAAGAUGGCUGGAAGGCAUGAUUUUAAUCAGCAAGGACACUAUAAAGGAAUGCGUUAUAAUGUGUUAGAGUGAGAAGAAUGAAUCAGCAUAAAAGAAGUGUAGCUGAUUUUGGGAACUUGGGAUGUUGCUUGAUCAGUAGUAGUGUAGAGUGUUGCAGAGACAUUAUUGGUACCUGUGCAUACAAAGCAGCAUCCUUGUUAGGUCACAUGAAUGCAUUGUCUCUUUAAAAAGCCUUCCACCAAAUUCCUGUUGCAAGAACUGGUAAUCUCUUGUUAUUUUAUAUAACUAAUUUUCAUAAGUGGAAAUAACUACAUAUUGCUGCAUGAGCAAUUCAUCUGCUUGCAUAUAAUGUAAAUCUGCAAUAGUUCUAAUCAUUUAGAUGUUAUUUUAAUUUACUUUAGGCAAUACAUAAAGUUCAGACUAACAGUGUAAAUAUUUUGAAGACUGAUUGCGAACAUCUGACCUUUACUGCACUUAAAUAGUUUUUUUAAUAACAUGUAAGCGUUCUUAAAUUUAGCCAUUGUACUAAAUGUCAUUGCUUUACUUUUUGUUCUUGAUGAGGGAGGUAACUUUUUGUCACUAAAGUCCAGAAAUAUAAAUUUUCAUAAAAGACAUAUAGAAAUAGCAUCUCAUUCCUUUUUGAUACAAUUAUUUUUAAAAGGACUCAGGUAAAUCAUUCACUUUUUCAUAGUCAUGGUUUCAACUUUCUGCAUAUUGAAAAGAAGUGGAAAAAGUGCUAAAUGGUCUUUAGUAUAUGUGUAUGUUAGAUAAUUCUUUCAAAUGCAUUUCUGCAAGUCUAGUUCUGACUGGUAUUAUAUAAAAAAAAAGAGUAACGAUUUUAAAAAACAAUAUUUUCUGUAGCUCUGCUUCAGACCAUUGUCUAAAUGACACAAGGUAAUAACUUUUGAGUAAUAACCAGUGUAAAUGUAACUCCUUGUUAUAUUGCUGGGCAGGAAAAUAAUAACUAGUCAUGUUUUUCACUGGUGAGUGCUUUAUUUUUCUGGGUGUUCAGUUAACAUGUAAAAUAUGGCAGCUGAAAGAAAAAGGCAGACAUUGAAGCAAUGACCUAACUUGAUCAGACUGCAUAUAUCUCUAUAGCUCUUUGGUUUGGGAAGAAGUGGGUCUGUGUUGUCACCCACAAGAAGGAACUUUGUUGUAGUUUGUUUGUCAAUAUUUAGAUAGUAACAGUGUUUUUUUUAAGGCAGCAUAUCUCAUUGUCCCGGUGAGCUUUUGUAUAAAAUGGCUUUAAGACAGAAACAUUGCAAGAUUUUUUUUUUUUAAGGCUAUGGCAUAAAAUUGCUGUGACCUUGCUAAAAACAUUACGUUGUUGUCUAUACAAUACAUUGGAAAAUAUAUAGUUGAUAUACCCAUUUUAUUACCUCUACAAACAUUUUAAAAUGUUAAAAUGAUAAAACUCAGGUAUAGUUAAAACCACUUUGCCUGUUUUUGCAUAGAUGCAAAAAGAAAAAUCAUUGAAAGAGUUCUUGGAGUUACUGACUGCCUUCAUGAUUUAACAUUAUAUACAGUGUAUAUUGAUCGAAAAAACAUCAUUUCAUGUAUUCGGGGAAAACUUGAUAAAUCUUCCAGGAAGAAGUGUUUACAUGACAUAAAAUGUAACAUGCUUAUUGAAUGUAGUUUGAAAUUACUGUCAUGAAGAAAAGGCAUUGUCUUGGUGCUUUGUUAUUGGUAGGACUUGUUUUUGGUAAUCAUUUGUUGUUUGCAGUGCAUGUUUCUUCAGCAGAUCCUUUUUUAUUUUCUCUUGGUUGUUUUUGAUGCUUCAGUACAUCUUACAAGAGAGUAUGCUCCAAAUAUGGUUGUGUUUUGCUUCUCAGAUUGUUGUGCUAUUGUGAGCUUGUUCAAAGGCCUUCAGAGGGUUAACAAGCUCUUUGUUCAUUCUGUCCUGUUCCACAUUCCAUCUGUAUUAGAAUACCCUUAAAUUUAUGUAGCAAAUGCAUGAUGUAAAAGCAGUUGGUUUUAUGAAAGUUUUAGUGAAACGUUUUGUGAAACUCAUUAUCAGUGUGUACAGAUAUGUGUGUGGGAUUUGUUGGUGCCUGUGAUGAAAAAUAUUUGCCCCUCCCAUGAAAGUCUACCUAUUGGGAUAUUCCUUUCUGUUCAUUUUCAUGAGGGAUUUAUUUCAUGUUGUUUGUUUUGAAUGUUGUAGGUUUAUAUGAUGAUCAGCGAUUACAGACAUUUUUGAUGAUCUCCAUUUUUUUUUUCUUUUCAUGAUCUCCAAAGCCUUAUGCCUUGCAUAACCACCUGUAUGUGCAGUAGAUAGAAAACAGGACAUAAGUUGUAACUGAAAUUUGCUUUCUCACUAAAUGGCAAAAAAAAAAAAAAGUUAUAAUUACUAGUAAAUUGUGAAUUUUAAAGAAUCAUAAGAAUCACUCAUUAGCCUCUGCAGGAUAGGAUGUCCAGUGGAUGCAAGUGAUUAUUUUUGCUACCUCUUAAGUAGCUUCAGGUAGCAUUCUGGAAAAAACAUUUUAAGAAAAUCUGUUCACUCUAACCAGUUACUAUGACGAUGGCAAUGAAGAUUGUAUGACAGGUGAAUUCAUCUCAGGCACAAUGUUAUAGUUUUCUGUUACUGGGUGUGGGAAGAUUUGUUAUUACAUGUACAGUUGUACAAAGAAUACUGAUAUGCUAUUGAAAUGGAAUGAAUGUUGCACACUCAAUUCUGUGAAUUUUAUUUUCAUUCUACACCUUGUGUUGUGGCCUUAGCACUAGCAGAGGCUCUCACACUGUAAUCUUAUCUCCUGCUACUUCUUUUUUUGUGGGGGUGGGGUGGAUUUUUCCUGCUAAGCACUUGACCUCAGUGCCACAGGAGUUUGAAAAUAUGAGCCUAAAUUUAAGAGCAAUAUAGUGUGGUGAAGCAAAAUCGUGUUUGUCAUUCAUUGCCUCCCAUCUGAAUGCUAUUACUCAUUGUUGUGCUGCAUUCCCAUGCAUUCAGGUAUUUCAUUUUAAACAUAUUCAAUGAGGCAUGUACUGUCAGCUUUGACAAGCAAAUGUACACUUGCCUGCACUUACAUUAAACAUUAUACAUUUAACAUGUACACAAUCACCCCUAUCAUGUGCAUGCAUUUACUGUUAUGUAAAAAUCAUCAAUCAUUAUCCAUGCAUAAUCACUCAUCCACACUUCAUCCAGAUAGAUCCCUUCUCAUUUGUUCAACAUUUCAGUUACCAGAUCAUCAUUAUUAGCCAGUUUCCUCAUUGUUUUCAUCACCUCCUUCAGGGAAGGAGUACAUUGUAAUUUCAAAAUGAAACCAAGAUUAAAUCAGAAAUUUAA